UAUAUUGCUCGUGGAUUCGCCGAUUAGCAUUAAAUAUUUUUGCUUUAUUUUGCGUUUAUAAUUGAUUUUCAACUAUAACACAAAUUAAUGCACUAAUUUUGAACGUGUCACUCAAAUUUACCAGUUAACGAGUGGUUAUAUAUCAGCGAUUAAUUGUGAGUACCGAAUUGGACUUACGGUAGCACUAGCAGCAGAACUAUUUGAUCUCAUGUGAACAUAUCACCCUUUAAAACAGAUGCUGAUGGAACGAGAUGGACAAUGAGAGCGACAACGAGUUCUACCACUCGAUCAACCACGCCGAGCGCUCGCUCAAGAAGAUGGAGGACUACUAUCACCACGGCGAGCUGUGCGACGUGAUACUCAUCAUUGGCGCGCAGCGUAUCCACGCGCACCGCAUCGUGCUGAGCGCAGCCUCCGACUACUUCGCAGCAAUGUUCACGAGCGAUGUGCGUGAGGCGCAGCAAGAGGAGGUGCCACUGAAGGACGUCGACAGCGACUCAGUGCUGGCGCUCGUCGAGUACUGCUAUACAGGUCAGAUCGACUUGCGUGAGGACAAUGUGGAGAACCUGCUGUCCACAGCUUCCAUCCUACAGCUAUUAGAGGUCGUCGAAGCCUGCUGUGGCUUCCUCAUGAAACAACUCCACCCAUCUAACUGCAUUGGCAUCCGCUCGUUUGCGGACGUGCAAGGCUGCUGUGACCUUUUGAAGGUCGCACACAACUACGCCAUGGAUCAUUUCAUGGAGAUAAUGCGAAACCAGGAAUACCUGAUUCUGCCAGUGGAAGAGGUGAUACGACUGCUGUCCAAUGACGAUAUCAAUGUCCCCAACGAAGAAACCAUUUACCAGGCCAUGAUGCUAUGGGUGAAACAUGACCUGCCCAACAGGCGACAGUACCUAGCCAAGCUCAUGUCGCACAUAAAAUUGCCGUUGCUGUCUCCUGAGUUCAUUGCUGACCGCGUCGAAUCCAACCUGCUGUUCAAGGAUGACCGUGAGUGCCAAGACCUGAUCAUGGAAGCCAUGAAGUACCACCUCCUACCAGAACGCAGGUCCACCCUGCAGAGCCCCCGCACCCGCCCACGCAAGUCUACAGUGGGCUUCAUCUAUGCUGUAGGUGGUGUCGAAUCGAACAAGGGACCUAACAGUUGCAGCAUCGAAAAGUAUGACCCAAGGACAAAUAGUUGGACACAAGUGGACUCCAUCAGUGGUCAUCGGUUGCAGUUCGGUGUGGCUGUUGUGGAGGAUAAACUGUUUGUUGUGGGUGGUCGGGAUGGGCUAAAGACCUUGAACACAGUGGAGGCCUACAGCCUUAAGGAGAAGAAGUGGACAACUAUGCCUACAAUGUCUACACACAGACAUGGCUUAGGUGUUGGUGUGCUGGAAGGUCCGCUAUAUGCCUGUGGUGGCCAUGACGGCUGGAGCUACCUGAGCACAGUGGAGCGAUGGGACGCGCAUGCCAAGCAGUGGAGCUACGUCGCACCGAUGCAUUCACCUAGGAGUACACUCGGUGUGGCGGUCCUCAACGGCAGGUUAUAUGCGAUUGGAGGUAGGGAUGGCAAGGCCUUUCUGAGAUCGGUGGAGUGUUAUGAUCCCCACACCAAUCGCUGGACGUUGUGCACGUCCAUGUCAAAGCGCCGAGGAGGUGUGGGCGUAGCAGUGAGCAGCGGAUUUCUCUAUGCAGUUGGUGGUUACGACACACCCACCAGCAAUGCAACAUCAAAUAGAUUCGACUCUGUAGAGAGAUAUGAUCCAAAGACAGAUGUGUGGACAACAGUUGCGCGCAUCAGCCCUCCUCGAGAUUCGAUUGGCGUUUGCUUAAUGGGAGAGAAGUUGUUUGCUGUCGGUGGUUACGACGGACAAGCGUUUCUCAACACCGUUGAGUGUUAUGACCCACAGAACAAUGAGUGGGUGCAGGUGGCACCACUGUGUAUGGCCAGGGCAGGGGCAUGCAUCGUCCAUGUUCUAAAAAUUUGAUAGGAGGCACUCUCUCAACAGGAGCAACAUUUACACCUUGUGAUAGAUUUCAUGGCUUCCUUGGAGUUUUCUGCCUCGCAGAUGUGAUAUUCCAGUCAGUCGAUUGCUUCCUGUGUUAGCAGAUAUGUAGCAAACAAUCUUGUAAAUCUGAUGUGAUUAUGCAUCAAUGAAGUUUUACAAAAUCAUGUACAAAUCUGGAUAAAUGUCCUCGCUUCUUUAUAGCAUAGACUAUAGUCUCACUGCAAUACGUGCAUGCUUUUUACAUGUGCAUAGUGCAUACGAGAAAGUGUCGAUUAUGAAUCGUGAUUGCCACUGGAACAAGUGGUAUUGUUUUCCUACUUCGUAGGGGAUUUGAGCUAUGAGCUUUUCCUCAGGCCAUAAACCAAGUCAGGCCAUGUGAGGCCAGUACAUCUGUAGUCACCUGUACAGGCCCGUAGCCAGCUUUAUAUUGGAGGGGGUUCGUUUUUCAAUGUUGGCAAUUUGCUCGGCAGGGGCGUG